CGCGCACUCGAGUAGGGUGGCUCGACGAAGCGCGUCGCCACGGCAGGGGUUGCUCCGUCAAACGGGGGUGUGCGCUCCGCUUCGACGUGCGCGAUACCACAGUGAUACGCGGUGCAAGGUGCGCGAGGGUCGCGCCGCUGCACCCCGAGGUCGGUGUACCGCGCUCACAUCGACGUUGACGAGAACGAAUUUGCGCUCGAUAUCCUUUCUCUUUUUAUUUUCGCCUUCCUCUAGUCACGGCGCGAGAGUCAGGCUCCUUCGCGAAGAGCGACGCUCCUGUCUCCCGUUUUCUUCUUCUUUCACGCGAGAAUUCAUCCGCGCAAUUCGCCCGCGAAAUUGUGCGUGCUGCGUUCUCUCUGCACGCGUUCUCGCAUCGCUGCCGAGUCCAUCGACCGUUCGGUGUUUUCUCGACGGAAGGAAGAACAAGUGUGUGUGCACGAAGGGAUGUAGGACUCGAGCGCGCGCGCGGUAUCGAAGAGAAGGAGCUACCGUCCCCAUGCUUGGCAGCGGUUUUCCCGGACCAACUUUAAAGCCUGCCAGAGCAUGGGCGGCCGAAGAGCCGGCUCCGGCGGGAGCCGGGCGAACGCCGGUGUCCUCAAGGAACGUGCCAACAUGUCGUUCAUGCUGGUCGUCAUGUUCUUCGCUGUGUUCGGCCUGAUCGUCCUCACGGAGAUAUUCCUGAUCGACGAGAGGCGCGGCGUAAGCGUAGGCGGCACCGGCGUACUCGGGGGUCACAGAAGCGGUCAUCGAUUGCCAGCUGCGCCCGAUCGUCCGGAUUACGGCGAAGUAGGAGCCGAAGAUUAUGCCGGUUUGAAGGGUAGCUUCGACGAGCACGUCGGGUUAUUGGUUCGCGGCGAGGACGGCGGCCAGAAGACGGCGAUACACCCGGAUCCGCGUGGCUUACCGAGCUUACCGCCCAGCUUGGAGGCUCGUCUGCCGCAGUUGGAUCAGAACCUGAAGGUCACGCAUGCCGAGUGGUUGCCGGUCACCAACACUAGGUUCAAAUUCUUCGUUUACUCGGCGUACUUCGACGACAGAGUCAGCGGCGCCGGCAGCCCGGCGGCGGCCAAGAGUCUGGGUGUGGUGCGUGUGAUCAGCGCUACCAAGACCAGGGGUCCGGAGCGGGUCUGGUGCAGGCUUUGGUAUCGACAGCAGAACGGCGCGAAUGUCACUGCCUCGGUAACGGUAGCUGCCAAAGUUAAGGUGAUCAGGGAGAAUUGGAAUCUGAAGUACAGUGCCUGCUUCGUGAUAUGUCCGUUGCCUAAAGAAUCCCCGACGGCGGACAAGGUGCCGGAGGCGGUCAGCGUCGUGGCGAGGCUGCGGGCUGCCCCGACGAACCGCAUCCUCGUGCAGAAUCGUCUCGAGAGCAGAACAAACGACAAGGAGGCUCUAGCCGUUUGCGUGAAGCCUUUGCAUUAUUAUUACAACAGGGUUUUGCAACUGGUGGAAUUCAUCGAGUUGCAUAGGCUCCUGGGCGCCACCCACGUCACUCUGUACAAUGACACCGUAGGCGCGGCGGCCGGCUGCGCGCUUAAAUAUUACGAGAGCAAGGAUCUGGUUACGGUGCUGCCGUGGCAUCAUCUGGACAUGAUUUCCCAGCGGGAAAUUCGCACCGAGGGCCUCUUCGCGGCGCUUAACGACUGCCUGUACCGAUCCAUGUACAAGUACGAGUACGUGGCGCUCGUGGACCUCGACGAGUACAUUAUACCGAGGCACAACGACACCAUAAUCGACCUGCUGCGGUGGAUGGGAAAUCGGAUCAAUAUCAAGUCCACGGGCGCGUUCUCCUUCCAAAACGCCUUCUUCUACCUGCAAUGGGCCGACGACCCGUUUGUGGUGACUAGUCGUACACCCACCGAGGCCGGCCUCAUCACCCUGAGGAAGACGCGCCGCCGCACCAAGCUGCAUCCGCACAAGCAACGCUCCAAGUACAUCUGCAAGCCGCAGGACGUGGUCGAGGCGGGCAACCAUUUCGUCUGGGAGUUCAUCCCGGGCCACGGCACCCUGAACGUGCCGUCGGACGCCGCGAUCCUCCACCAUUAUCGCGUCUGCGAGUUCGGCGGCGACGAUUGCAUCAAGACGCAGUCCACCGUCGAUCGUACGGCCUACAAGUAUAAGGACCGGCUGGCCGCGAGCGUGGACAGGACGUGGACGGAGCUGCGCGCCGAGUGCUCGCUGCCGGAGCUCGACCCGGUCCCGGUGUUGACGCCGCGAAUCAAAGUCAGCCCGUUGGGCAAGUCGGUGAGGUAGCGAAAGACCAUCGUCGAGAUCCUCUGGGACAUUGGCAAUUUCACCGGUACACCGAAAGUCGCGAAGACCUAUUUCUACAAUUACGGCGCGCCUUGAUUGAUUACACCCUCGCGCGACCACCGCGAGGCUGCGGGGACAGGGUGGCCUCCUGCCUCCCGUUGUCUUUUUUUACGGAACAUUAUCGUCGCGAACGUCGAGAUUGUCUUUCACUCCCUCACUCGCUCGCUCGCUCGCUCGCUCGCUCGUUCGUUCGUUCGUUCGUUCGUUCGUUCGUUCGUUCGAUCGUUCGUUCGUUCGUUCGUUCUCUCGCGACAGCCGAACGCGUUUUCUCUUCCUCUUUUCUUUUUUUCUUUUCUUUUCUCUUCUCUUUUCUUCUUCUAUCUCCGAUCGGCGCGGGGAGCGUGACCGCGUUUUCGAAUUCGCAGGGAAGCAGGAGAGGCAAGAGGGAAUCAAACGAGGGAAACGAGAAUUGACGGAGGCUGUCGCGAAAUUACCUAAAGAAUGGGCGCAACACACGCUCGUCGAGACGCGGAUUAAUCAUAUUUUUCUACGUGACGGAUUCCUCGAGCGAGGUCGGCGAUGUCCGAAAGACAAGCUGCCGCCGAGUCAGUGAAUCGAGUUUGUCUCUCUCUCUCUCUCUCUUUUUCUCUCUUUCUCUCUCUCUCUCUCUCUUUUUCUCUCUUUCUCUCUCUCUCUCUCUCUCUCUCUCUCUCUCUCUCUCUCGACGCGACUUGGCGCUGCGACAUACAUGGUGCUUUCUCUCUUACGAUUUUAUACGAGCUCUCUCGCGCGCGCGGCGACCGCGCGAUCGUCCUCCGGCAAAUCGUGCCGUCUGCUAACGAAGAUUUCUUACGGAUGGCCUAAAUUAUACGGGCUAAUGCAAAAGAGCAGCUGGCGAUAAAAGCGAGUAUGCAUAAACGCGAC